AGUGAAACAGAGGCGGGCAGUAAUGGCGGCGGCCGGGCCGGGCCGGGGUUCCCGGGGAACCGCCCGGAAUUUUCCGGGAACGGCCCGGAAUUCCCUGGGAACGGCCUGGAAUUCCCCGGGAACGGCCUGGAAUUGUCCGGGAGCGGCCCGGGGUUCCCUGCGGAUGCUCCGGGCUCUGCUCGUGGCCGCGCUGGCGGCGGGUCCAUGUGGGAGCAGCUCGGUGGAGAGGAAGAUUUACAUUCCCCUGGAGCGCGCGGCGCCCUGCGUGCGCCUGCUCAACGCCACGCACCAGACGGGCUGCCAGGCCUCUCUGAGCGGGAACACGGGCGUGAUCCACGUGGUGGAAAAGGAGGAAGACCUGGAAUGGCCGCUUUCCAAAGGGCCCCAUCCCCCCUACAUGAUCCUGCUGGACGGGAAUCUCUUCUCCAGGAAGGUUUUGAUGCAGCUGAAGGAGAAUUCCCGGAUUUCUGGCCUGGCCGUGGCCCCUGCCUCUCCCGCCCCUCCCCAAGGAUUUUCCCCAGGAUUGAAAUGUCCCAAUGAUGGAUUUGGGCUGUACUCGGAGGCCUACGGGCCGCAGUUCGCUCACUGCAAUGGUUCCCUCUGGAAUCCCGGCGGGAGCGGCCUCGCCUUCGAGGAUUUCCCCUUCCCCAUUUUCCUGCUCGAGGACGCCAACGAGACCCGGCUGAUCAAAGAGUGUUUCCUGGCUCACAACGUUCCGGGCGCAGGCGGCGCGGCGCCGCCGUUCCCGCUGUGCGCGCUGCAGCUGCAGGCUCACAUGCACGCCGCCGCCAGCACGGCCACCUGCAUGCGCCGCAGCUCGCUGCAGAGCGCCUUCAGCAUCAACCCCGAGAUCGUGUGUGACCCGCUGCUGGAUUUCAACGUCUGGAGCUCCCUGCAGCCCAUCAACGCCUCGGGGAAGGUGGAGCCCGGGCAGCGCCUCGUGCUGGCCGCCACACGGGUGGACAGCCGCUCGUUUUUCUGGAAUGUGGCUCCGGGGGCCGCGGCCUCGGUGGCUCCCUUGGUUUCGCUCCUGGCGGCCGCCGAGGCUCUGGCGGCGGCUCCGGGAUCGCAGCUCCUGCCCCGGAACGUUCUCUUCGUCUUCUUCCAGGGGGAGAGUUUCGAUUACAUCGGCAGCUCCCGCCUGGUCUGGGACAUGGAGCAGGAGAAAUUCCCGCUGCGCCUGGAAAACGUCGGAGCCUUCCUGGAGCUGGGCCAGGUGGCGCUGCGGAACGACUCCGUGCUCUGGCUGCACACGGAUCCCAUCUCCCGCCGGAACGAAUCCGUGGACGAGGAGGUCCGGGCUCUCGUGGCCGCUCUCGGUGUCGCCGCCUCCGGCUCCGGCGUCUCCGUGCGGGAACCGGGAUUCUCCCGGCCCCUCCCCCCCUCGGCAUUCCAGAGGUUCCUGCGGGCCCGGAGCAUCCCGGGGGUGCUGCUGAGCGACCACCGGGAGCAGUUCCACAGCAGGUAUUUCGAGAGCAUUUACGACACGGCCGAGAGCAUCGGGCUCCGUUAUCCCGAGGGAUCCAGCCCCGAGGAGCAGCUGGAAUUCGUCUCCGACACCGCCCGGGCGCUGGCCCAGGUGGGGACGCUGCUGGCCCGGACGCUCUUCGGGUGGGCCGGAGGCACCGAGGGAGCCGAGAACAUCCAGGCUGAUCCCAAAACGGUCGCCCGGCUGCUCUACGGAUUCCUGAUCAACUCCAACAAUUCCUGGUUCCAGUCCCUGAUCAAACCCGACCAGGCCGGGAUCCUGGGCCCAUUCCCCCAGCACUACGUGGCCGUGUCCAGCCCGGCCAACACGACGCAGCUGCUGCAGGCGGCUCUGGCCAACCUGACGGGAACGAGGCUGAACCUGAGCCGGGAGCAGUGCCAGGAUCCCGGGAAAACGCCGGGAAUGCAGCCUGAGCUGUUCGAGUACCGCUGGGUUCAGGGUCCCCUGGUUGACAAUUCCAGCCGCAGAUUCCCGGGCUGUGUCCGCUCCGGCGCCCGCCUGGCCCCGGCGCUGUCCCCGGCCUUCGAGCUGCGCCGCUGGGAUUCCCGGGAAUUCUCCACCUGGACCGAGAGCCGCUGGAAGGAGAUCCGGGCUCGCCUCUUCCUGGUGGCCAGCAGGGAGCUGGAGCUGCUGACGCUGCUCCUGGGGCUCCUGGUGCUGCUCCUGUCCCUCCUCUUCACCUUCCUCAUCAGCUCCCGGGCCCAGCUCCUCUUCGGGACCCCCCCCGGCCCCUCCGGAUACUGAAAAUCCGGGAAAAAACGGGAAGAACCAGGAAAAACCAGGAAAAACCGGGAAAAACCAGGAAAAACCAGGAAAAACUGGGAAAAACCGGGAAAAACCAGGAAAAACCAGAAAAAACAGGAAAAACUGGGAAAAAACAGGAAAAACUGGGAAAAACCAGGAAAAACCGG